AUGACGGUAAGCCAUCUCCUGCUGUGUGUCUACAUCCUCACCUUCAUACUGGGGUUCCCUGCCAACAUCCUGGCCUUCUGCACCUUCUGCGUCAAGAUGCGUCGCAAACCGACCCCCAUGGACGUCCUCCUGUUAAACCUCACCAUCUCCGACCUCAUCUUCCUCACCUUCCUGCCCCUGAAGAUUAAGGAGGCAGCAGACGAUAUGUGGUGGAACCUUCCUUUCGUCCUGUGCCCGGUCUCCAGCUUUUUCUUCUUCUCCUGCAUCUACACCAGCACGCUCUUCCUGACGGCGGUGGCUGUGGAGCGCUACCUGGCCGUGGCGUUCCCCAUCCAGUACAAGGUGUGGCGCAGGCCUCGCUACGCUGUGAUAGCGAGCGUCCUCUUCUGGCUGGUGUCCGGCGUCAACCUGAGCAUCACUUACCUUGUCCCCAUCAUGCAUACGGACAAUGGCACAAGCACAGUGGCGCCGGACGUCCAGAAACCCAGUAAAUGUUACGAGAACUUUGAAAACGACCAGCUGUCGAUUAUAGUGCCUGUGCGUUUGGAGCUCUUCCUGGCGCUCUUCCUCGUCCCUUUCCUCAUCUGCUGCUUCUGCUACAUUAAUUUAAUCCGCAUCCUGUCCCAGCUGCCCAGCAUUACCCGUGAGCGUCGUCUGAGGGCCGUGGGACUGGCAGUGGUCACCCUCCUGGUGUUUACCGUCUGCUUUGCGCCCUACAACAUCUCCCACGUGGUGGGCUAUGCGCGCGGUAAGAGUGAACAUUGGAGAGACCUGGCACUCAUCUCUACCACGCUCAAUGCUUGCUUGGACCCCAUGAUCUUCUACUUCUCCUCCUCUACGGUACGUAAGGCCAUCAGUUGCUGCCUGCAAGGCCUGAUGAAGAAACUGCACAUCGUCCGCUGCCCACGAGCUCAGUGCUGCCCCCCCAUGGCUGCUGCUAGACCUGACAUACCUGACAUAUACAUAGAGACAAACCCUCCCAACCCAAAUACCUGAAUAUGGACAGCAUUUACACUUUGACCACCCAUGACACACACACAUGCACAUGCAUACACACAC